GCCGAUGCUGAACAAAACUUCAAGGCUGCCUGGGAAGGCCGAUGCCGCACUUUGGGGCACAGCCAUCCAGCGACGGCGCGGUCCGUCACCGAGCUGGCCAGUGUUGUUGCUGGCGAUGCGCGGCGACGUAAAGAAGCCCAGGCUUGGUAUCGAAAAGCCCUUGAAGCAAAGCAGGCUUGCUACGGUGCUUCGCAUCCAGAGGCCGCCUCGUGCAUGAUUGCGCUGGCAUACUCUAUGUGGCAGGAUGGAAACAGGGACGAAGCUGAAGAGUUCUACAAGCGAGCUUUGCUGUCUCGCCAGAUCGGCUCCUGGGGCGACGGCCUGGAGAGAAGUGUACAAAAGCCAUUGGGCACUAAGCACAUGGAAUCGCAUGUGCACGAUGCUCUGGACACCCUCGAGGAGCCUGCCGAGACCGAUCCCUCGUUGGACCAGGAUCACGUGGACACGCCGUGCUCCCAGGGAGUGUCUCAGAGGCGCCUUCGCCUUCGUGUCGGCGUGGGACUGGCUCUCGCUGGACUGGUGCUGACUUGCAUUGGAGUAGCCGUUUGGGUUCUGCCCAUACCCGACCAGCCCACUCUGGGUGCAAGUCAAUGUAUAGACGACUCGGCUCGGGAGGAACCGCCACUGGCUUGGACUGGCAAGAAAGCGGGUCCGCUUGAGCGGCAACUUGGGGUUAUCACUCCAGCCCAAGCUGCGUGGAUCGUGUUGCAAGCCGGACAGACAGCCAAUGAUGUGGCUACAAAUACCACCGCGCUGACCAAAGAGCUGGCGGCUGAAGCUGCACCUCGGGUCAGCCCGAAGAAGGUGCAGAAACGCAAUCGCGCACGCUGUAUUCUGCAGACCCUCGCGGUGGGGGAGAGCAUCGCCAAGAUCGCAACCAACAUCAAAGCGGCAAGCGCAGUUUGUGGUCCUGAUCGGAUCUUCAAGUACAUCCCAGGGAAGUUUGGAAAAGCCUUGGUAAAGCUUCGCAAGAUCGUUUGCUCAGUAAACAUCGAAUUGGUAAUCUCGGGCUUCUUGGCAGUUGCUGGCAAUCUGGCUGAAGCUAGCAUUAGCUGUUCCAUUGCUGUGAACUCCUCGAGCUCUCUGAACUUGAACGAGCAGUUCGAUGCGGGUUGUGCGAGCGCCGCUUACCAAAUGACCAAUGCACUGGUUUCGGUGUCUUCCGCCUUUUCGAUCGCAAUCCCAGGCUGUGAAAUUGUGGCGAAGGGUUUGGAGAAGACUAUCACCGGAGCUCUCAAAGGACUAGGGCAGAAAGGAAUAUCCGACUUCGGCGGUGGCAAGCUGACCAACCCAAGCCAAGUCAAAGCUGCCGUCAAAGCCCUCCAGAAUGAGCUGACACCGGCCGAUUUCUUGUCAGAGACAUCCACUUUUGGGCGGAGACUCUUUCUGGGUGGAGGCAAGGGCGCAAUCAUGACCCAGUGCGUGGUCGACGUCAUGCAGGCGUUGACGCAGCUGUCGCUGAUGGGCAUUGGAAUUGAUUCGCUAGCGAACGCAGCUUGUGACAACCCGUCUGUGGGAAGAGUGACAUCGAGAGCCCUGCCGAAAUUUCUUCGCAAGCGAAUCGAGAACGGACAACGCGCGACUUGUGGUACCGGUGUUGCGACAAUAAUUGCUCAACUUGGACUCGCCACGGUGUUCCUAUCCUUUACCUCGUUUCACUGCACGAACGAAGCCAACAUUCGGGCAAUCUGCGGUGCAGGGAUCGCAGGAGCCACUGGGGCAUUGUCUGGCAUCGCAGGGGCUGGCAUGGCAGCAUAUGUUGCAUGUACGGAGGGGCAGAGGCUCGACGAAACCGAAGCGCUGUCUAACAAGUUCGUGGCAGACUUCCUUGCAGAGGAAGCCACAAGCAUUGUUCAGGAAUCUUGCCCGGACCUGUCGCUUCAAUGCUUCUUGGAAUUUACCCAAUUCUUCUCGAAUUGUCCGGCCGGUGCGAGCGUUGCAGGACCAGUGACUCCAUCUUGCCCGGUGCCUCCGUCUCCUCAAGCAUGUCCAGGAAUCGAGCCUUGCGUCAACGAGUUUGAGGCAUUAAGGCCGAGCUUGACAACUUGGUUUCCGUUGCCUACUGCGCCGCUAGAGUUCGCCGCAUUGGUCAACGGAGCUCAAUCGUGCUUCGAGUACCUGACCUGCUUCCUCACCCCGGGCCCGAGCCCAUCGCCUCGAAGGCUCCAAAGUGAUGCUCUACGCAGCAUGCUCUUGCAAAAAGUGGUGGGCCCACUUCCAGAGCGCUGGCGCUCGCUGAUUCAUGGGGAGGAUCCUCAAGAGGGUCCUCGCGAGUCUCACGACGGUGUUCCUGCCGAGGGUGUGCCGAUGAUCAAUCGCCUGUGGAACCGCAGCGUGGGUUCCUCCGCGAGCCAGGGGCUCUCGCGCGCGGUGCUGCAAGGCGGCCAGUUUUUGGGAGAGGCAGCCAGGGAACUGCACAAGCGUGAGGCGAAUCACGAUUUGUGCUUAGUUAACGACGGACCGCUCAUGGAUGACAACCCAGAGACGUCAGCUUUGCUGUCACUGCUCAUGAUAGACUUCGAUGAGCUGGAUGAGGUUGAACCUGAGAAGCGACCGUACGAUUUGGUCAUCUACGGAGCCACAGGCUACAGUGGCUGCCUGGCAGUGGAGCACCUGGAUGCUCUGCUGUCAUUGCCAAGCGCAGCGUCGCACCGAUGGGCCAUUGCUGGCAGGAGCGAGGAGAAGCUGCAAAAGAUGGCAGCGCGAUGUCAAACCCGUCCCAAGGUCAUUGUUGCAAACACCAGAGCUGAGAUUGAGGAGAUGGUCGAGGAAGCCGUGGUCGUCUUGGCAUUGGCAGGUCCCUACCUGGCAUGUGGAGAGCAAGUGCUUCGGGCGUGUGUGGAAAAAGGCACACACUAUAUCGACAUCACCGGAGAGGUCAAUUUCUCCCAUUUCGUCAUCCAGAAGUAUCACCAAGCCGCGAAGGAGAAAGGCAUCAUGAUCGUUCAGUUUGCCGGCGCGAUGUCGGUUCCUGAUGACCUUGCGGCUUACCUCCUCGUCAGGCAGCUGGGCCCCCUGAAGCAGCUGCGCGUCUACACGUGGGGUGCGGACCGCGGGUCUUUUGCCCGUGAGGAUGCUGCCCGAGUCGAUGGCAGUCCGGGCCCUCCGGAAGAGGACAGCGAUGGUUUGAGCGGAAGCGAGCUCGAGCUCGAGGCCGUGGAGAUUCUUGUCGGCCCGAAUGCUUCGGAGACCGCCAGAGACGCCUUGAAGUUCAGAUUCCGUGACUACGCCCAAAGAGGCCAGACUACCCACGCCACGGACAAAUUUCAAGAACGCUGUGCGCAAGGACCGAUCAGUUCAAGAGAAUGCGUUGCCCUCAGUGAUUGCAUGAUUAUGCGAGGGAUCUCGGGUGGCCAAAACACCCUGUCAUUCGGCACGGCCCUCCACCUCGGCCGGGCUUGUACGAUCCUUUGCAGUGUUUGCUCGUUUAACAGCAGCAAUAGGACGUGCAGGAAAGCUUGGCUUUGUGACUUUUGUCAUGCGCGUAGCACACAGCCCCGGAACAAGAAGAAGGGUUCUGGAGCGUGGCAGGUUUCUCAGCUUCCGUCGGAUCGCAUUGCAGAGCUCUACGAGGAACUGCGGCAAUCCUACGAAGCUACCCGUAGAACCCAGGCGGGCAGCAUCGGAGAGGAGGCAUUCCGCCAUCCGAGAACCAUGCAAGCGUCUCCGGCGAGAACGCCGCCGGCUUCAUCACAGCAUUCGGCGGCAGUGCAGGCUCCUAGCGCCGAGCGGCUCCAGGAGGGCCGGCUCGUGCGAACGAGAGAUACCUCCGAUCUCGCCAACACGACCCACGGAUCGAGGGAGCUCCGAGGACCGUUUGUUGAAGCUUUCCAGUUUCUUGGAUCUUCGUCGUCUUCCCAUCAACCUCAGCCUGUCAGAGAUCAUGAGCCGCUUCAAUC